UACGCGUGCGCCGGGUGAGCAUGAUUCCACAGAGAUGCAAUGCCUCAUACGCGUGGCGCAGUGAGCGCACAGAAUAGUUCCUUUGAGUUUGUCAAAGCCACGCGCCCGGCGCACGAAGCCCGAGCAGGGGAUUCAUGCAUGGGGCGGGGUCUUUCUUUGGGAGCGUGCGGCCCGAAAGGGGGUGGAGGUGUGGCGCACGUGUAGAAAAGGGAGAGCAAGUUGCUUUCCCCUCAAAUCAUUUGCCGAACAGGUGUAAGUUAUCGCUUCUUGCGAGCCACGCGAAAGGCACGAGAGCGGCGCAUUACUUGCAAACUCCUUACCUCAUCUAUUUAUCUAUUUAUUUGACGCGACAUGGAGGCAACUGUCAUCGCGAAGACGCAAAUAACGCAAGACUCGUUUUAUCAGCCGUUUUCGGAGACCCUCCUGCCUCAUGCGAAGCAGGACAUGGAGUGUAAAGUGCUGAAGAGACAGCGCUCGAGCAGCCCAGAGUUACUCAGGUGCAAGAGGAGACUGACCUUCAACGGACUCGGCUAUACUAUCCCUCAACAGCAGCCCAUGGCGGUGGCCAGACGGAACGAGCGCGAAAGAAACCGCGUCAAGCAGGUGAACAUGGGCUUCCAGACGCUUCGCCAGCAUGUGCCGAAUGGAGCGGCGAACAAGAAGAUGAGCAAAGUGGAGACGCUGCGCUCGGCAGUGGAGUACAUCCGAGCGCUUCAGCAGCUGCUGGACGAGCACGACGCCGUGUCUGCUGUGUUGCAGUGUGGUGUCUCGUCUCCAUCGGUCUCCAACGCGUACUCCGCGGGCACGGAGUCACCUCGCUCUGCGUACUCCUCUGAUGAAGGCAGCUAUGAGCCUCUCAGCUCUGAGGAACAAGAGCUGCUGGACUUCACCACAUGGUUCGACAGAUAUGAAUCAGGUGCUUCACUGACCACUAAAGAUUGGUGCUGAAUGGACAGCACAUGACCAGUACCGGUUGGAGAUACGUUGUCUGCUGGUGCCUGUGAAGAAUCAGAGUUCAUUGACUGAGCACUGGACACACAGAGGGCCAUUUCCAGCAAUGUGCUCAUGCGCACAAAUGCAACACUCGCACGCUUCCAAUUAGAACUGCACUGGAUUUGAGGCGAGCGAGGAUGUCUAAACUGCUGACUUUUGUCUUCUCACCCCAUUCUGUAUUCAACAUUUUGCCCUGUUGAUGCAAUAAUGUGUAAAUGCGACUGAAUGAGACAGUCCGUUCCUUCCACAUAGUACAAAUAAAGAGGUGACCAGUUGUAGAUAAACGAAUGAGGAAAAAUAGUAUCAGGUCCCAUAAACGCCUUCUGUUAGGGAACGUUACACUAGGCAGCCCACAUGCAACCUGUAUAUUAUAAUAUUUUGUUCUAGAUAUGUGACAGCAUUUUUGUACUGGAUGAAUAACUUUUGUAUCAAAGUGUGCACUUGUGUGUUUUUCUACAAACUUGUGUAUAUGCAAUUUUUUAUAAGAGAAAACCUAUUUUAUGUAAAAUAAAGACUUUAUUUAUUCA